AUGGUUUCAGAAGAAAGCCCUUUGCUGGCGUCUACCACGCAUGAAGCUAUCUAUGACAGGUUCGCGCCCGACCAGAAGAGGUGGAUCGUAUUUAUCGUCUCUUUUGCGGGUCUGUUGCCUAUGUUCGUCUCAUCGACAUUCGUGCCUUCCAUCCCUCAGAUUGCUAAAGAUAUUGGCUCGACACAUGCCACCGUCAGCUUGACUGUCAGUCUGUCGAUCUUGGCGGCUGCUGUCGGAUCAUUGGUCUGGGCUGCUUAUUCGUCUUUCUAUGGACGCCGAUCGAUGUAUUUGUGGGGCAUGCCAUUUUUAUGCGUCGGAAGCUGUGGUGUCGCGAUGUCGACUUCAUUGCAGAGUCUGUUAUUCUGGCGGUUCGUACAGACGUUUGGAUGUUCUGGUGGAAUACCAUUGGGUGCUGGUGUUAUCGGUGACAUUUAUAAAUUGGAUGAGAGGGGGACUGCUAUUGGAAUAUUCCUUGGUGCUGCACUUUUUGGUUUGGCUGUUGCCCCGUUUCUUGGAGGUGCAGCGGCGCAGUAUUGGUCCUGGCGCAAUUUGCAGUAUUCCAUUGGAGCAUGGGGCUUGCUCCAGAUGCUUCUCAUAUACUUUUCGUUUCCUGAGACUAGCCAUCCUGGCACGUUGGGCAUAGGCAAACUAACGCGCAGAAGAUGGAUCCAUAUCACAUGGGUAAAUCCUCUGAGCAGUCUCUGGUUGCUUCGGAGUCCGAACCUAUUCGCGGUUAUGCUUGUGCAGUCUCUGGUACUCAUCAGUGACUAUGUUCUCCUCGUACCCAUGGCGCUUACUAUUGGCAUCCGGUAUGGCAUCGUGAACGAGGCCAUCAUCGGGGCAUGUUUCCUCCCAAACGGACUGGGAAACUUCAUUGGAUCACCGAUUGCUGGCCGCCUAUCUGACACUGUAGUCAGGAGAUGGCGGGAGAAGCGCAAAGGAGUAUGGUUUCCGGAAGAUCGCUUGAGAGUGACGUGGAUCGGAGGGCUGUUCAUGGUCCCGCUGUCUGUUGGGGCGUCGGGGCUGAUCACGACAUAUGUUGGAGGCACGAUCGGCCUUUCUUUGAAUUUAUUAUGUCUUUUUAUGAAUGGAAUGGGGGUCGACUUCGUGCUUAGUCCAAUUUCUUCUUAUAAUGUGGAUGUAAUGCACUCUCGAAGUGCGGAGGCCACAGCCGCUAAUGCAGCGGCCCGGUCACUUAUUAUAUCCGCUGCGACCGCUCUUGUCAUUCCAUCGAUCGAGCGUAUAGGUGUCGCGUGGACGAACAUCAUUGCGGCUAUCCUUGCACUCAUUGGACAAGGGAUCAUUUUCUUGACGAUUCGUUAUGGUGACCGCAUGAGGGCCAGUGUGGAUGUUGGUUUCUCAACCAUAGAGAACAAUUCAUAG